GAUCCAAACACACUCCCAUUUCUUCACUUCCGUCUUUAAAUUAUUAACAAAUCAAACAUCAUCAUCAUCAUACAUUUUCUGCUCAGUUUUCUCUCAUCUCCAUUUUCACAAAAACGAUGUUGCGAUUAUCUUUAAUUCGAAAAGUGAAUACUUUAAGUCCUCAGUUAUUUGCGUUGAAAACUUGUAAUCUAUCUACUGAGCAGUCUCUCAGACAUAAUCCCGAUCAUCAUCAUACUCCUCCUCCGAAAGUACGAAACUUGAUUGGUGGUAGCUUUGUAAACUCACAAUCAUCCGAGUUUAUUGAUGUUAUAAACCCAGCGACACAACAAGUUGUUUCACAAUUACCCUUGACAAAACAUGAAGAGUUUAAGGCUGCAGUAUCUGCAGCCAAACAGGCGUUUCCAUCGUGGAGGAACACGCCGAUUACCACCCGACAACGCGUCAUGUUAAAACUUCAAGAACUUAUUCGAAGAGACAUGGACAAGCUUGCCAUGAAUAUCACUACAGAGCAAGGAAAGACUUUGAAGGAUGCACAGGGUGAUGUGUUCCGUGGACUAGAGGUGGUGGAACAUGCGUGUGGAAUGGCAAGUUUACAAAUGGGUGAAUUUUCUUCAAACGUGUCGCAAGGGAUUGAUACUUACAGCGUAAGGGAGCCGCUUGGUGUAUGUGCCGGUAUAUGCCCUUUCAAUUUCCCGGCAAUGAUUCCCUUGUGGAUGUUUCCAGUGGCAGUUACCAGUGGGAACACUUUUGUUUUAAAGCCAUCAGAGAAAGAUCCAGGGGCUUCUAUGAUACUUGCAGAAUUGGCUAUGGAAGCUGGUUUGCCCAGUGGUGUUUUGAAUAUUGUUCAUGGCACCAAUGACAUCGUGAAUGCUAUUUGUGAUGAUGAAGACAUUAAAGCUAUAUCAUUUGUUGGUUCAAACACGGCUGGCAUGCAUAUAUAUGCAAGAGCAUCAGCAAAAGGGAAGCGUGUUCAGUCAAAUAUGGGAGCUAAAAAUCAUGGUAUCGUGAUGCCUGAUGCAAACAUUGAUGCUACUUUAAAUGCAUUAGUUGCUGCUGGGUUUGGAGCUGCAGGACAAAGGUGCAUGGCUUUGAGCACAGUCAUCUUUGUUGGAGAUCCAAAAGAAUGGGAAAAUGAGUUAGUGAAGCGUGCCAAGAAAUUAAAAGUAAAUGCGGGAACAGAACCUGAUGCAGACCUAGGUCCAGUCAUUACCAAACAGGCAAAAGAACGAGUGUGCAGACUGAUUCAGAGUGGAGUUGAAAGUGGUGCUAGACUUCUGCUUGAUGGAAGAGAUAUUGUGGUUCCGGGAUAUGAGCAAGGUAACUUUGUUGGACCUACGAUCUUGUCUGGUGUUACUGAAGAUAUGGAAUGUUACAAGGAAGAGAUCUUUGGUCCGGUUCUUAUUUGCAUGCAGGCUGACAGCUUGGAAGAGGCCAUAAAUAUUGCUAACAGAAACAAAUAUGGCAAUGGAGCGGCUAUUUUUACAUCAUCUGGUGUGGCUGCUAGAAAAUUUCAAACCGACAUUGAAGCCGGACAGGUUGGCAUAAAUGUUCCGAUUCCAGUUCCGUUGCCAUUUUUCUCGUUUACAGGGUCGAAGGCAUCUUUUGCUGGUGACCUCAACUUCUAUGGCAAGGCUGGGGUUAACUUUUAUACCCAAAUCAAGACCGUGACUCAACAAUGGAAGGAUUUACCCAGUGGUUCUGGAGUGUCGCUAGCUAUGCCAACUUCUCAGAAAUCUUCGUAAUAGAAUGGUUUGCGAGAUUAGUCAUAGGAUUAAACCUAAAUUUCCGUACAUGUAUUUUUCAACUCUGGAUCCAUCCUUUGUUUUAUAGUUAAAUAUUUGCAAAUUGCUAAAUUGUUCCUCAA